CAUUUCCAACCAAUCCAAAUGCGAGUUACGGCAAACGAUGCAAGUCAAGUGUGCCUCAUUGAUUGGAGUGUGCUGCAACCAAUGGCUGGCCCUCCAGGCAUGUGUUUGACUAACAGUCAUUCGAAAUUUCCCUGUCGUACCGAAGGCAUGCCGAAGCAAUACCCGUAUACUUUAUUUAAUCCGGAAGAACCACUGCCAAAAUUCCUAGUCAAACGAGCGUCGAAGGAGUUGGGCGAAGUCCCGGGUCACGUUGCUGCGCAUCUAAAGAGCUUCUGGCGAUGGCUGUCCUCCAUGCCGCAUCUCAAGUGUCCCACAGGUAGUCUUAAGGAUGCACUAAAUCAUUAUCACCACCAUAUUAUUUUAUACGGGGGGUUUAUAGACCGAAUCGUUGAGGGUGUACUCUGUAUUCUUAUGAAAGCAAAGGGAUGGUCAGAUAUGAGUGACAAUAUGCAGGAACUUCUUAAAGCACAGGAAACCUGGGAUGACGUCUUUAUCCGCGAUGAACGUGUUCAAAUAGGAGGAAUGGUCUGCAUCAUGGACUUUGAAGGCUUUCGGAAAAGGAACUUUAUGAAAAUGCGAGAUCCACAAGCUGAAAAACUGGGCAAAAUGUAUUUUCAGGUCUAUCUUUUCUGCAUGACCAUCCAGACCGUUCAACUGACCGGAUAA